GCAUAUCUCAAAAAAGAACGCGGAAUUUGUGGCCACGACAUCGAUUGUGACAUCCGUGCCAAUGAGGCCGUUUGCCCUCCAUGGUAUUGGAAAUCGGUCGAGGUAUGGCCAGAAAAUUUUCAUGAAGAGAUCGGCGGGGCGUAUGUCAAAGAGAUGGGCACGAAGAUUCUGCAAAGAAGACUUGAAGAUUGGGAAGUUGUGCAGUGCCAGCGGAUAGAAGAUGCACUCCUAUGGGAAAGGUAUGCGGCCAAACGGGCGCAGCUCCGCGAACAGUGCGUAGCCUGUGCAGACGUCGAACCUGAGACGGCUCGCAGCAUCCAAUACUCAGCCAAUACCACAUUGGACCACAAGGUAAAUGAAGUGUGGUUGCUACAUGGUACGUCGGAAGAGGCAGCCAGAGCAAUUUCUAGAAGCAACUUUCUACCCAGCAGUGGUGGAUGCUUUGGCUCUGGUAUUUACUUCGCAGACGACGCGAAAAAAAGCAACCAAUAUGCAAAAGUCAAGGAAGAUGAUUGCAAAAUUAUGCUGUUGUGCAGAGUCGCCCUUGGCAAUGUCAAGAAAUUGCCACCGGGCCAAGAUCGGAGCGCUGAUCGUUUUGCUGAUGAUCCAAGCGUGGCCGCUUCCGACUAUUAA